AGAGGGAGAGAGAGAGGCGCGCGCGGACGAUCGAUCAAUAAUGAGCAAAGUGGUCGGGACACCUACCUCUCCACAGCGGGGUGAUGUGAAGCAUGUGCCACAUGUGAGAAAGAACCCGGCACCUCGUGGAGUAGCCACAAGGUACCAGUGCGCCAUCACCCACUCCAUUAAGAGCGGGGCGCUGCGUAGUUUACUUUUAUAGAGAAGAUCUCAGAAACUUUCAAUUUUAAACCAUGUCACGGAGGAAGCAAAGGCGACCGCAGCAGCUGCUCAACUCAGACGUGGGUGGCACUAUCAACACUUGUGAGAAAGCUGAUCACACUGAUGAUCAGGACAGCAGCUCCCUGAAGGUGGAGGAAAGUCGGAGUCACGUCUGUGAUCAGUGCUGUGCGCAGUUCAGUGAGCUUUCAGACCUCAAGCAGCAUCAACUUCAUUGCUCUCGGGACCAGUUGGUCAUAAUCCCCACCUCCACAGGAGGCCAGACCUCUCCUUUCCCUUCAAACCCUUCUCCAAGUGAGCUAAACUCUUCCCAGGAUGAUGUAAGUUCCUCUCCUGAUGGGUCCACCCACUCUCAAAGCCUCUUUACCCAAGCCCCCUUUGGAUAUAAUUCUGCAUCAAAUGUAGCAGAAAAAUUGGGAGGAGUGAGUCCCACUGUAGAAGCAGAUUCUGUCGCUCCACCAAAGCAAAACCGGAAGGAGAUGGUCUCCCCAAAACUAGGGGUCUUAGCUACCACCAACACUCCUUCUGCCACGCACCCUGGAUCUUCCACCCCUGGCUUGGCCUUUGAAGGUAUACGAAGUCCUACUGGUCCAGUGGGGAUGGGCGACUCUUCUGGUAGUAACAAAACCGGCUUGAGCAUUCCUCUGAUCUUGGAAGAGCUACGAAUCCUGCAACAGCGGCAAAUACACCAGUUGCAAAUGACAGAGCAGAUAUGCCGACAAGUCCUCCAGCUUGGCUCAGUACCCAGCCACCCCCCUUCAGCACUGGCCUCCUCAGCACCACCUCGCUUGGAGCCCUCACCAUUGGCAUUUUAUGCUUCUCUCCUGCAGGAUUCCACAUCUCUGUCUCCCUCCACUCCAAUCUCUGCUCUUUCCUCCAAAUCUCCAAUUUCCCACAUUCUGAAGCCUAUCAAGCCUGGUCUUUUACGUCUUCUUGUUCCAGCUUCACCAUACGAAGCAAGGGUGGUGGCUGAUCCUAACCAAAUUCGGCCAACCAACCCCUCCCAGAUCUAUCCUACCUUAAAAAUGUCAAGUCCGAGUCUGCCACCAGGUUCUGUGCAGCAGGCCGUACCCUUCUUGUCAUCCUUGCAAAACUCUGGCUCUGCUCCCCCAGCUCUACAGCAUGUGAGGGAGAUGUCAGGGUCAUUUGAGAAAGGUGCAGGGACUGAGGACCGACACCGCUGCCGCUUUUGUGGCAAGACAUUUGGUAGUGACUCUGCCCUGCAGAUCCACUUACGUUCUCAUACUGGGGAAAGGCCAUACCAGUGCACUGUCUGUUUGAACCGCUUUACCACCCGUGGCAACUUGAAAGUGCACUUUCACCGUCACAAGGAGCACUUUCCACAUGUCCCCAUGAACCCUCAUCCUGUGCCAGAGCCACUGGAUGGUGCCACCAAUGGGAACAGCACCAACAAAAACAGCAGUAGCAAUGGAGGUGGCACAAGCUCAACGACAGGCCUGGCCCCUGCCAUCACCUCCACUGCUGCAUCCUCUCUCAGCCCAAGCAUCCUUCCAUUUCCUGGUCCAGCUCCCAAGGCUCCAUCUACCAUGCUGCCUCCUAAUAUGGAUCUGGCUUUGCUGUCAACAGCUCACUCCUUACUGGCUCUUAACAGAGCUACCAUUGGCAAGCCGGAUGAGAACACUCCUCCUCAGGCACCAAAAAUGCUUCUCCCCAGCCUGGCUGUCCUUCGUCCACCACAAAAUUUUCCAUUUUCUGCAUUUUCUCCCCUAACCAAGUCAUCUGAGACUUCAAAACUGCAGCGGCUUGUUGAAAACCUAGAGAAGAGCAGCAUGACUUCAGUUGGUGGGGGGGCAGAUGGGGAGAGCAAUGCACCAGAGACCAACGAAAGUGGCCCUAGUGGUUACCAAUGCAUGGUUUGCCAGCGGAUCCUGAGCUGUCCACGUGCCCUCCGGCUCCAUUAUGCCACUCAUUCUGGAGAUCGCCCCUUCCGUUGUAAGGUCUGCGGACGUGCUUUCUCCACCAAAGGCAACUUACGUGCCCACCAAGCAACACACAAAUCUCGACCCCUGGCAAGAGCCCAAAACUCAUGUCCAAUAUGCCAGCGCAAAUUCACGAAUGCUGUUGUUCUACAGCAUCACAUUCGCAUGCAUCUUGGAGGCCAGAUUCCCAAUCUUCCUACUCUGUCAGCAUUUGGCACUGGUGGCAGCAGCAGUGGCACUGAGGUCCCUGCAGGUAGACCAAGCAUGGCAAAUACAGGAAUUGUUACUUUCUGUAGGGAAGAAAAUGGAGAAAUCGAGAAAAGAGAUAAGGAGGUAGAGGAGGAGGAGGAUGAAGAAGAUGAAGAGGAUGAUAUUAUGCAGCACUCGCCGCCCUUUGCACCUGAAGGUUCAGCCACUAGUACAGGUGAUCCAGGAUGUCCAAAUUGCAAAAGCAGCCUGGUUAAGGGUGGUAACUGUGAAGUCUGCAAGCAAAAAAUGGCCAAACCAGCUGACGAAGAAAUCCAUGAGCCCUUAGAACUUGAAGGGGUACCCUACAUUCCUGAAAGUCAUGGCGAUCAUAACAAUGGCAGCAUGAACAUAAAUGUUGGGAGUCCUUACCCUAAUACCCCAGGCUCACUGGCAACUAGCCCUUCUCCAACUUCAAACUCAAUUGCCAGAAGACCACCUCCCAGUCGUCAGCACCUCUGCUUGUCCUGCAAUAAGACCUUCUCCUCGGCCAGCGCCCUCCAGAUACAUGACAGGAUUCACACUGGGGAAAAGCCGUACAGCUGUAGCAUCUGUGGCCGGGCAUUCACUACAAAGGGGAACCUUAAGGUUCACAUGAGCACUCACGUGUGGAGCAGCACUCCUCCUCCAGCCAGAAGAGGGCGACGUUUGUCCUUGGACCAAACUGCUUUGGUGCCCCUGCUACCUUCAGAGCCAAUGUCUUUUCCCCCUGUAGUAGGGGUGAGUGUAGGGGGACCUAUGUCUUUUUGGAACCAGUACACUGCAUUUUUGUCUAAUAGCCUGGGUCCCAAACACAAGGAGGUGGAGCUGAAAGCAACAGGAACCCAUAGAAUAACAGGUGUCCCUCCAGUAGCACCAGUGUCUGCUUCAGCUACUCUUCCUGGCACUGAAACAAGUAACAUAAUUGUCAAGCCUGCGCCUAGAGCUGAGGAGACCUUGGUAGAUUCUCUGGAAAAGGAGAUGGACACAGAAGACCUGAUGGAGAGCAAGCCUGAUUCCAAACCAAUGGUAACAGACAGCAAGGACUCUGUGGAAGAUGCAGAAACUCCAUCACUUUCUCCAUCAAAGGUAGACACACCGACAAUGAGCUGCUAAGUGGGAAAACUGGAAGAAGACAAAUGGCCUGUAUAGAAACAAUAUCUCAGAUCCUUUCCUGCGUUUUCUUUAUGUUUUGAUAGGAAAAAAGGGACAGAGAGUAUGGCUUCUGAAAUUUGACCAGCUCGGGAGGAUGACAGUGAAUAGUGCAUUUUGGCAGAUGCAAGUUAAUGGCUGGACAUGACGCUGUACUAUGGUUUAUAAAAUGCUGACAGAUUCAAAUGAAAAAGCUUAUAACCUAGCAUCUGCUUGUUUGUUUUUUUUAAAUAUAUAUAUUUUUUACACUGGAAUGAUUAAGAGUAGUAAAACAUUGUAUUUUGCAGUUUUGUAUUACACAGGCCUUAGAUAACUGUUGUGGACACUGCAUCUAGAUGUUGCAUCAGGCACAAACCAUCAUGAUCACCAUCUCCAUUCUUAUAAUCACAAAAAGAAAGUGACCCAGGAAGUAAUUUUUAAAAAAGUUACAUUGAAAUGUGUUUCCUGUUAGUUUAAACUCCUAGAAAACUGUGCAAAUGGUAAAAGAUUUUUUUUAACCAAAACCAGUGAAGACUGUCAGCAUGAUGAGAAGCUGCAACAGGGGACACCCACAGCCAACUUUUGAAUGAAAUGUCAGGACAAGGCAAAUGUGGUGACUUCUGGAAAAUGGGCUACUUUCUACAAAAUUAAAGAAUGCUUGUCUAGUGUCCAGGAUUGUCCUGGGCAAUGUAGCUACUUGAUUUAGCUUCAGAUGAAUCCUGUAACUUCUUUAUGUGAAAGUGUUAGUUAGGGUUGUGCAGAUGUAUAGCUGUUGUCCAUGUCUAUUUUCUGUUGAUCAGUGUUACCUAAUAAAACUGGAAGUUAAACCUGAACACCCACAUCAUCAUUUUCCUGUCCCUUAAAAGGAAGUUAAGUUUAAAGUUGUGUCCCUCCGAUAAGCCAUAGUAUUCAGGCUGUGUCUUCUGGUGACUCUUCACUUGUGCUCUGUGCUAACUUGCCUUGUUCUCCUCCACCAGUAGCAAAUGUCACUGCCUUUCUUUGACUUUCAUUUCAGAUUCUCUAGUUGAGUAAUGCCG